AUGACAAUUGAUUUUGAGGCUCCACUUUGGUUAUUUAUUUAUUAUCAUUUUAUAGGUACAGUAUCCCUGUUUUUGAAUAUUUUCACUAUAACUUUGUUAGUUUUUAAAAGUGAAAGUAUUGAUAGUUUUCGAUAUUCGCUGCUGGUUUUUCAGAUAACCUGUACCAUCACCGACAUCCAUUUCACAUUCCUAAUGCAACCACUCUCUCUUCUCCCAAUUAUGUCCGGAUACUGUGUUGGAAUAUUAGCCCGUUGUUUCGAUAUCUGGUCCCAUUACUUAAUCUCAUUGGUCGUUGGAAUGAUAGUUGCUCAAUUGGAAUCUCUAGGAAAUUGUUUCGUUCGAAAACAUCAAACAAUUGCCAAAAUAACAAGGAAACAUGUGAUUCCCAAAAGUAUAAAUGACGGAGUCACAAUGCUUCUUCCAUUUUUUCCAAUUUUCGGUUAUUUGGCUUUCUGUAAUGCUGGCAUGAAACGAGAGGAUCAAAUGGGCUAUGUCAGGCAGCAUCAUUCUGAAUACCUCUCACAGUAUUCUAAUCUCUCCAAUUUCGUCAUAUACGAACCAAAUUUUUGGCUCUACUUUGUAAUCUGGUUUGGGUUCUUUGGUGGAAUAUUCACUGGAUUUGUUUUCACCUUUACCACGGUGGACAUGUUCAAAAUGUUGGGAAAAUCGAGACGAAAAAUAUCUGUGACAAAUUUCAAAAGACACCGAUCUACUGUUAAAAGUCUAUUGGCACAGUUUGCAGCUUCUUCUCUUCUAUUAGUCCCGUUAUUUUGUUUUACUCUGGUUGUGAUGGGUGAAUUCGAACAUUCUCAAAUGAUGAUUAAUAUUAUUUUGGCAGUUUUUUCCUUGAGAUCUUCAGUGAAUGCAUUGGUUCUAAUCGUGACGACUCCUUCGUUUAGGAAGUUUAUUUUGAGACAUGCUUUAUUGACUUUUCAAGUAGAAAUUAUAGCUUUGAAGAUGAAAAAACAGUUGAAACAUUUUCAGAUUUCCUGUACUAUAACCGAUGUUCAUCUAUCAUUUCUCAUGCAACCUCUCCCAUUAUUUCCAGUUUUAGCAGGUUUUUCUGUUGGCAUUCUGCCAACAUAUUUCGAUGUUUGGACCCAUUAUUUAAUUACCCAUCCAGAAUACCUUCUUGAAUUUUCAACAAUCCCAAACUUUGCAAUUUACUCUCUCAAUUCUUGGUUCCUAUUUGUUAUUUUUAUGGCAUUCUGUGGUGGAUUCGUAUGUGCUUUGGUCUUCACUUCAACCACUUAUGACAUGUUUCGAAUGUUGGGAAAAGUUCGACGAAAAAUUUCAAUAUACAAUUUUCGAAAACAUCGGUCUACUGUGAAAAGUUUGUUGGCUCAAUUUGCGGCUUCUUCUUUGCUUUUGGUCCUUUUGUUCACUUUUGUUAUUGUUAUAAUGUUGGAUUUGGAACAUUCACAGAUAAUCAUUCAAAUCCCACUUGCCGUAUUUUCUCUGCGAUCAUCUGUUUAUGCAAUUGUUCUAAUUUUCACAACACCCCCAUUUCGAAAUUUCAUAUUACGAAAACGACAAAAUCAACAUUUCAUAACAGCCGCUAGGACAGUUUCCGUUGCCAGAAGUUCAUUUUUGUGA